UAAAGCGACACUACAUACAUAAUUCACAUCUGGGAUAAUCAUCAUCAUAGAAAUGAGUACUCCAUACGUUCAAACCGUUAAUACUAACAUUCUAGGAGAAGGACCCCAUUGGCGAGCUUCCACUGGAGACCUUUACUACGUCGACAUCGGAAGGAACGCUGUCCACCGAUACAAUCCUGCAACCGGGCAGAACACCAAAGUCAAUAUAGGUGGCGCAUGGGGGGUUUCCCUAGUAAUCCCGGUGGAAGGGGAGAAUAAUCGAUUUGUUAUUUCCAAUGGUCACGACCUCCAGUUCAUGGUGUGGGAUGGAAUUUCUCCAGAACCCACUUCCCUCACUACGUUCGCAUCCGUGGAACCAGAAUAUCCUCAAGCAAGGUGGAAUGAUGGCAAGUGUGACAGUAUGGGACGACUGUUUGCAGGAACGUCAUCCGAAACUGGUCAACCGACUGGAGCCCUUUACCGAAUUACGCAAGGCGAGGUUUCCCGGAUGGUGGCGGGUAUAACAAUUUCCAAUGGGAUUGCCUGGAACAGCGCCAACACGCUCAUGUACUACAUUGACACGCCGACGAGGAGAGUGGACGUAUUUGACUAUGACAUCGCAACUGGAAAUAUAACAAAUCGGAGACCGCUUUACGACUUUGCAGCCAUGGGAGAAAACGGUGAUCCUGAUGGAAUGACGAUUGAUGCUAAUGGGAACUUGAUCGUGGGGUGUUGGGGUGGGUCAAAGAUGAUCCAUAUUAACCCCGUAACAGGGCAGAAGAUUCGCUCAGUUAAUUUCCCCACUAGUAACAUUACCUCGGGUGCAUUUGCAGGUCCAAAUUUGUCCACGUUGUACGUUACCUCGGCAAACGUUGGGUUGAGCGAAAUUGAGCUAAAUUCUCAGCCUGCGGCAGGUUCUCUAUUUCAAGUCACAAAUUUGGGCGUAACCGGUCAAGCCGUAGGAAAUGCGUAUAGACCAUAGCACUCAAGAUUAAGAAUCCAUCCUCAUGAUGAUAGUAAUUAUUUAUUAUCUUGGUUUUGACUCUUCCACAGACAACUUUACAAACAGCAGCGGCUUGUGGUGAUUGAGGGGGCUGGCGUCGCAUGAAUUUUAUUAGUUACCAAAAAAAUAAAAAAUAUGUAUGUAUACUAAAAAAUUUCACGUUUCCUGUAAAAUCAUGGAAUAAAUAGUAGCAGCAUUGUUCAACGAAGCAGAAGGUUUAAUUGAAAAAUAAAUGCAUUCAGUUGUACAUUCCAGCCAGAUAUGUAUUUAUGUACAAGCUUGAAGGGAUUCGGAUAUCAAGACUAAAAUUUAAUCAAAUAAGUCAACUAUAAAAAUUUUUGAUAUUGUUUGUACUUCCUUAGGCUCAAUAUUGGAUAAAUAAGAUAAUGAUGUUCUAACUGA